ACUAAGGAUCGAGGAUCUGUCAAGCUGUGAUUGGCUGAGGGAAAACAAAAUUUAUUUGUGUUUGGUUCUCUCUCUCUCGUCUAUCUCUUUCGCUCUCACAGUACUAUGAACGGCGAAAGGACUGGACUGGAGAAUCUCUCUGUUUGGUUCAAUAAUGCUUAAAUUGUUAGAGAAUCUCUCUGUUUUUCUUGGUAAGAAUUUCUCUGAUUUCAAUUGUAGAGAUUCAUGUAUUAGGGUUAAUUGAUGUGAAGAAAUUAGGGUUGAACAAAUUGAAACUGAUGUUAGGAAAAUUAGGGUGCUAUGAUGUUAGAAGUUCGGGAGUUGGAUCAUUGGUAAGCAAAAUAGUGUUUAGAAUCUAAAAAUCGUGUGAAACAAAACCUUUUUCCAUACUUAAACCUUUUUCCACUUCCGGAAACUUCGACGACUUACCAGAAAGACUCUUUCUCUUCUUCUUCUUCUACCAUUGAGCAUCAUUCUGCUGAUCAAUUACCGAAGGACAUGGGAAUUGGAGAUGACAAGGAUACGGACGGUGUGAUUAUCAAGGGAAAUGGGACUCAAUCUGGACGAAUUAUCACCACCAAGAAGAAGGGUUUGAAUGAUCAAAGAGACAAGGUUAAGUGCUUAGAGACAGAAGAAAAAGUAGCAAUCAAGAAAGUGUUACAGGACAAGAGAUACAAAAAAAAAAGGGAACUUCAGAUCAUGCGAAUGCUCGAACACCCUAAUGUCGUUUAGCUCAAGCGUUCUUUCUUCUCUACCACUGAGAAAGACGAGGUUUAUUUUAACCUUGUUCUUUGAGUAUGUACCCGAGACCAUAUACCGCGCUUCGAGAUCUUACACCAAGAUGAAUCAUCAUAUGUCUUUGAUUUAUAUUCAGCUCUAUACCCUAUCAGUUUCUGGUGGUCAAACGGUGGAUGGUAUCAUUAGAUGCUUCUGUGGUAAAGGUUAUAUUCGAAACCUCAAGAAGAAUCUCAAGGCUCUGGAGAGGGGAAUGGAAGAUCUCAGAGCUAUUCAAGAUGUGGUAAAGAAUAAGGUAGCGAUAGAGGAGACCCGGCAUCAACAAAGGCGUAAAGAAAAGUUGAUAGACUACUGGAUAUGCGAAGGAUUCAUCGGAGACUACCCUGUUACAAAAAGAGCUAGGAAUAAGGGUUAUACGAUGCUCGGUACCCUUAUCCGUGCAAACUUGUUGACGGAGUUAAGUGCAGAAAUUGUUGUGAUGCAUGACGUGGUUCGUGAAAUGGCUCUAUGGAUAGCAUCCGAUUUUGGGAAACAGAAAGAGAAUUUUGUUGUGCGAGCAGGAGUCGGAUUACAUGAAGUACCAGAAGUGAAGGAUUGGGGAGCUGUGAGAAGGAUGUCAUUAAUGAAGAAUGAUAUUAAGGAGAUAACAUGCAGCAGUUCUAAGUGUUCUGAACUUAUAACUCUGUUCCUCCAGUAUAAUAGAAAUCUGACGAAUAUCUCAGGUGAAUUCCUUCAGUCUAUGAAAAAGCUAGUUGUUUUGGAUUUGUGGAAUAAUUACUUCUUGAGUGAACUUCCAGAGCAGAUAUCAGAGCUGGUCUCCUUGCAGUAUCUUGACUUGUCAUUUACAAGUAUAGAGCAACUGCCUGAUGGGUUCCUGGAGUUAAAAAAGCUAUAUCAUCUGAAUUUGACUUAUACAGAGCGACUUUGUAGUCUGGGUGGGAUAUCAAAGCUGUUGAAUCUAAGAAUUUUGAAACUACUAGGUUCUAAAGUUCAUGGAGAUGUAAGCUUAGUGAAGGAGCUGCAGCUCUUGGAGCAUCUACAAGUUCUAACCAUGACGGUAUCUACGAACUCGGGUUUGGAGCAAAUAUCAGAUGAUCAAAGGUUGGCCAACUGCAUCACUGAUUUGGGUAUUGCCGGGUUUCUAGAAAAGCCAUUCGAUUUAUCAUCCUUGCCGAGUAUGGAGAAUCUUUAUGAGCUCUUUGUGGACAGUUGUCAUGUCGUGGAGAUUUAUACAGAUAUAAAAUGUGGAGAACAAAUUUCUACAGACGCGUCUCACUUACGCAAUCCGAAAAUUCCAUGCUUUACCAACAUCUCGCGACUGAUUAUAAGUAAUUGCCAUAGCGUGAAGGAUCUGACUUGGCUAUUGUUUGCUCCAAAUCUUGUCGACCUGAGGAUCUUCGAUUCAAGAGGAGUGGAAGAAAUUAUAAAUAAAGAGAAAGAAACCAAUCUUACAGGUAUUACCCCAUUUCUGAAGCUAGAACGCUUAUAUUUGUUGAAAUUGACGAAGCUGGAGAGUAUCUACUGGAGUUCUCUCCCCUUUCCGGUUUUGAUUGACAUAGCUUUAAGAGACUGUCCAAGGCUGAGAAAGCUUCCCUUAAAUGCUAAAAGUGCCCCACGACUUGAGCGAUUUGACAUACUUAUGGAUCCUCAUGAAAAUGACAUCGAAUGGGAGGACGAGGAUACAAAAAAUCGUUUCUUGCCUUCAAUCCGUCGGUUCAACUAGAUUUAAGACUCGGGUUUGGAGCAAAUUAGAGAACACAAAAUCCCUAAAAUUCGCCCAACACUCCAUCCAUGUACGAGCAAUUGAAGAACUCAGAACCCAGCAAGAGUGCUAAAAAAAGAAACAUGAGUCCAUCCACCAUGUGAAAAUCACAAACAGACGACGUCUAAAUCCCACCAAGUGGCUCAUUCAGAGCCUUCUUCAGAAAGAGAUGCAAGCUACACUGACAAGCAAAAUGGGUUCUGAAUUCUCAAGUCUCUUCUCAGCCUUGACGGGCUCGUUUAGAUGCCUGCACUGCACUGUUCCUCAUUGGCACUGCCACUGGCAAGUUUUAGAUUUUCAUUAAGUCAUCUUUUUUACCCGAUUCUUUUGUAGCUGGUUUCUUCAUUAAAUCUUGCAGGUGUGUUCACUGUCUACAUCAUUCCCAUCUUUUGCUCUAGAUUUUAAUAUGUUGUUGCACAAAAGAAGCCUUUGGUUUUAUUUUGUUUUGGGUGGAUAUGGUCCAGUUUCGUUGAUAAGUUCAGCUACGAUAGCUUGGUAGAUGAAACUAUCAAGUCGUGUUUCCUGUAUUGUGCUCUGUUUCCAGAAAAUUUGAGGAUAGACAAAGAAAAUUUGAUA